AUGCACAGGAAAAAAGACCUUUCUCAGCUAGUUAUUGAAGCACUUGUGCCUUCAAUAAGACUUGAUUUAUUGCCAAAAUCUACUAUCGAUAUUUACAUUACAGUACUUGAAAACGACGGAACAGCGUCUUGCUUGGCAGCUGCCAUUACAUGUGCGUCAGUUGCUGUGGCUGACGCAGGGAUUGAGAUGUUGGAUUUAGUACCAGCAUCAUCGGCGAUUUACAUGGACAGUGACCUUGUAGAAGAACAACACGAAACUGGAUAUUUGAUCCUAUCAUAUAUGCCUUCGUUAAAAGAAGUAACACAUAUAUUACAGUCUGGUGAUGUUGAUCUGGCUUUAGCAACUCAAGUAAGAAUCUCCAUUACUGUUAUGGACGUGUCAGAUAUUAGCUGA